UUUUUUUUUUCCUUAAAUUUCUCCCAUCAUGGACACAGACAGGCCUUUGCACGAAGAUUGGAAAAAACGGGCUUUUGUGGGACCACUGCCGGACAGUUUUCUAAGAAUAGAAGAGCGCAAUGCGCAGUUGCAGCAGGAAGCAGCAGAUCAGCAAGCUGCUCUAGCUCUCCAGCAAAUGCAAAGCAUGCCAGUGGCUCACGAUCCUCGAGUGGGUAGACUUAGCAUAACAAUUUCUCAGGCCAAAUUAGUGAAAAAUUAUGGAAUGACAAGAAUGGAUCCAUAUGCGAGGAUACGAGUGGGUCACUCAGUGUUUGAGACUCAUACAGACUCGAACGGUGGAAAAAAUCCACAUUGGAACAAAGUAAUCCAAUGUAUCCUUCCACCUGGAGUUAACCAGAUAUACGUAGAAAUUUACGAUGAAUGUUCUUUUGUAAUGGACGAGCGGAUUGCAUGGGGCCACAUAGAGAUCCCACCACAAGUAAUCCAGAAGGGAGAAACACACGAAGAUUGGUACAUGCUUAGUGGAAGGCAGGGUGAUAAUCAGGAAGGAAUGAUCAAUUUAGUAUUCAGUUAUACGACCAAAUAUCAUCCAUAUAUGGGUUCCUCUUCGAUAAUGAUGGUUCCUUCAGCAACAAUGUUUGGCGUGCCAUAUGCUCCAGUAAAUGUUUAUACAGCACCUCCACAUACUGUUGCACCAACGGUAGCACCAAGUUCUUUACCAAAUGCCGAGGUCGAGUUGAAACAGAUCGCAGAAAUGUUCCCGAACGUUGAUAGAGAAGUCAUCAAAUCGGUUUAUGAUGCCAAUCAUGGCAAAAAAGACAUUACGAUUAAUUCAUUGCUUCAAAUGUGCGAAUAAAUUCUAAUUUUCUACACCACUGAUAUGCCAUAUGUAACUUUAUAGUAUCCUUUGUUGAUGAGUAUUUCUCUUGGAAUGUAAAACGAUAUAUGAAAAUCUAAUUUAUAAUUUAUAAUACUUCCAUACGUAAUGAUACAUAUUAAGGUCAAAGUAUUCUUUGAAUAUAUAAAACGAUGAAAAACAUUUUUCUUCUGAGGAAAAAAACGUAUUAUAUUUUAAUUGAGUAAAACAUUCAGUUAUGUAUUCUUAGUCAAUUUUGUUAUGUAUUAUGUUAUUGUUAUUUCAGAGUUUAUAUUAUUUUCUUCCUUAUAUAUAUUUCCAUAUAUAUAUAUACGAAUAUUUAUUUUUUAAUUGCGCUAGACAUAUUAUAAGGUACACAAUUGAUUCGUUUCUGUAUAUAAUUUAAAUAUAUUGCGCAUUUUACAAAAUUGUAAAAAGAUAUACGUCUGAUUGAUAUAACUGCACAUAACUUGUAAUAAAUAUUAAAUAU